AUGUUAUUCUCAAUAUUUAAAUAUUCGUCCGCUAAAAGUGAAUCAUCAAAUGGGAAUUAUGAUGUCAAAAUUAACAAAGAUAAAAUCAACGAUGCAUCGAUACGACUACAAUUCAGUGUGGAAGAAUGGACAAGAGCAUUAAAAUAUACUUUGGCAUAUCUUAAAUGGAUUUUAGCAUAUGCAUCAUCAAUUAAAAAUGGAUCUGGCAAAAAUUAA